AUCGAACACAACUACCCUAGUCAGCAAUACCACAUACACAUCCAUCAGUUCUUAUUAGUCUUUCGGUGUCUGUUGGUCUGCCAAGACCACCAAUCUCGAUCCCAAACUCAAUAAAAGACAAGUCAGCCAACUCGAGUGAUGUCAUCUGUCAGUCAGGACCUAUCGAGACCUGAUUUUAAUUUUCCAUAACACGGGACUGGCCUCAAUCAUCAUCAUCAUCAUCAGUUAUAGACUCCAGUCACCACAAACGUCAACGUAAACGUCAACAAACUCCAUCAGGACCGUGCAUUUAUUAGUAUCAGUGGUAAAUUGGAUUAGUGUCAUUCAUACAUCCGCUGCUAAUUUAUUUGAGUCAUAAAAUAAAAGAAAAAAAUAAUAUUUAAGUAUUCAGUACUGAGUACUCGGUAGUCUGUUCGUCUCCUCACAUCGUUAAUUUACUGAGUCUCCAACUCCAUACUCCAAUAAGUGACUGCUGCAGUUCAGCUGAAGUUCAAAGUUUGGUGUCUUGGACAUGCGGGAUUUUUAAACUCCGUUCUGUGUCCCUGAAAUAGGACCGAAAAAUGGCGCUGCUGAAAAUGAGUUCCAAGAAAUGGUUGACGUCCGGAUACCCAUCGCUUUUACCGGACGACAGGCCGAUCACUGCCAUAGGUGUCGUUGAGGACAUCGACAAAUGUCCGCCUAACUUUACUGUGAUAUCCAAGACGUACGAUCAAGAUAUCGACGCUGACCUUUGGCGGGAAAGUGGACUGUUUAUAAAAAAGAAAGGUCGUUAUAUUUGUCACUCCAAAACAGAAGGAGUUCCUAAUUAUGUUGUGCAAGAGAUAAAUGUAAUUAAUGAACGAGAGUUUCCUAAAGAUGGAUUCAGUAUGAUACCUCAGACCCUGGACACUGACCAGAAAGCUUGGAGGAAAAAGCAGGUGUGCUACAAACUGCAGAAUAAAGACUUGUGCUCAGUUGCUGUGACGGACAUUAUCGUGUGUAGCCGAAUAAAAAAGGCCCCGUCUGGUUUCACAUAUGCCGGCGAGGUCAAUGGAGUUAUUAUCUGUUACAAACUCAGCGCGUUAAUAAACGGCGAUGCCAGCUCACAAUCUUAUGAAAAUAUCAAUAUCUUACAAAGCGUGUCACCAAAUCCAUCAAACGGAGUACCGCACAGAGCAGCACCAGAACGGCCGCCAAAGCCAAAGUUUUCACCUAAGCCUCAAAAUGGUGGCGUUUAUCCCCAGAUUCAAAUAACUGGGAACGCUGGAAAAAAAGAAGUUGAUGAAACGAACGACCGUGACUACGAAGUGUUGAGCCCCAAUGCAAGGAUCAACAAACCAACAAGACCAGCACCUCAACCCCCAUCUUCCCACACUAGUAAUAAUACCAGCUGUUCAUCUGUACCACUCUAUGGCACUCUGCCAGGCUCCUCUGACUUGGAUGGAGUUCCCUUUGUACUGAAUCCUCUUCUGACUGUUGACACUGACCCCGUAUUUACACUUCCUGUGAUUAAAGCACGGACUCGUUUAGAAUUAGACCAAGAGUAUUACUACGACUUCCGCGCUGAAAAGGAAACUUAAAUAUAAAUAAUAUAUAAUAUAUAAUAAUAAUCAUAUUCUAAAAAUGUCAUCGUGCCAAACGAGAAUUGUACCGAGUACCAUAUUACCGUUAAUUAAUGCAGCUGCUAUAUCCGAGAGUUUUGUAUCGACGUAUAGCGUAGCCAUGUGUACUAGAGUGCCUGAACGAGUGAAUUGUAUGUUAUAAUAAUAAUAAUCUAUUAUCAAGCAAGCAAACAAACGAACAAACAAGAAAAAAAAAAAACAAUACUGAACACAGACAUCUGGAUA